UGUUGUGGGGUGAGGGGUCUAUGUCAGGAGGACAUGUCUGACUCAGGCAGGGCCUGGGAGCUGAAUAUUCAUCAAUUUAAACCAGGCUCCCUGUUGCAUGAUCCACAGGCUGUUUAACACUGCAGGAUUGGAGCAUGACGCUGACCAAAGGAACUUUCACCUACUCGAGUGGUGAGGAGUAUCACGGGGAGUGGAAAGAGGGUCGUCGGCACGGGCUUGGGCAGCUGAGGUUUGCAGAUGGCAGCAGCUACAUGGGCCAGUUUGAGAACGGCCUGUUCAGUGGCCGUGGAAUGCUGCUCUUCCCUGAUGGCUCAAGAUACGAAGGUGAGUUUGUACAGGGGAAGUUCCAAGGAGUUGGUGUCUUCACUCGCUGUGAUGGGAUGAAGUUUGAAGGAGAAUUUAAAAAUGGACGUGUUGAAGGAUAUGGAUUGUUGAUGUUUCCCGAUGGUUCGCAUGGGCAUCCAAGAAAUGAGGGCAUCUUUGAGAACAACAGGCUGUCUAAACGGGAGAAGUGUCAAGCUGUGAUCCAGAGAGCACAAGCGAGCGCGAAAAGUGCACGGGCUCUCUCCCUCUAACCAUUCCUCUGUGCUUAAAAUCGAUUAGCGGUUCAUCUUCUCUGUGUGGGAGAAUACAGAAGGACUGUGUUUGCAUUCAGAACCAUUGAAUUCCAAAUUGUGAUGAUGCUGUGGUCUCUCUUCUGUUUCUAUUGCAGUCUGGAUAACAGUAUUCUGGACACCUGGGAAGAGGUGACAUGUGGAUUCCAUUUGCUAGUUUUCCAAUCUGAAGCUCCAGUUCUUGAUGUGUGGGGUAUCGCUGUCAGGAGGAAGACUAAAGCCGUUGGCCACUGUAAUCUUCCCCAACCCCAAAAUGCGGACUGCAAAGAGUAUUUGCUACAAUCUGGGUUGGGGGGAGGAGUGUGAAGAGUUAAGGGAGCAGGGGUUUGGGAAUUGACUAAACAAAGAUUUCCCUCUGAAGAUGUCUCCGAGUACUUUACAUCUCUGAUUUGAUGGUGACCCACCGGAGCUCCAGCAGAAAGGAUCAAAGUCCAACCACUUGGAGUUUUCUGACAGCUUGGUUUGGUCAACGAAUGUAACCUAUGUAACAGUGCAGCUCCAGGGGUGCUCCUAACCACCGCCUCCCCCCCCCACACCCAUCUCCCUGAACAAAAAAAUGAGUCUUCAACUAAUCAGUGAAUUUUCUCUCAUUGGAAUUGGUCCAAAAAUGAGAAAAGAAACUAUUCCCCUGGCAGUACAGACUUGAUGGGCUAAAGGGCCUCUUCUCUACUGUAUGCUCCUAUAGUUCUAUAAGGUGACUAACUGAAGAACAAUUAGCAAAAAGCCAAAAGACAACAAGUAGUAUUUAUUUUCUCAGCAAACUGCUGUGAUCUGGAAUUCUCUACUAACAUUAACUUUCUAAAGGGAACUGUGCAUCUAUACUUGAAGGAAAAGGAUUUUCAAAGCUGUGGAGAAAUGAGGGUGAAGUGCAGUGAUUGUAUAGCUCUUUCAGAGAGACAGUACAGGUGUAAAUGGCUGAAAGAGUUACUGAUUAUGUCACGAUUGCCUGAUGGGAGAUCAGCUUAUCCGAUUAAUCAAAGGCAACAACCCAUACCAUCUUCACAACAUAGCGUCUGUGUCUCAGUGUUUGGUUUUGUGUGGGUUGUGUCGAUAUGUCUCUGAACAUGUUUGAAGUUGCUGCUACUUUCAUCUCUGAUUUUCUGAGCUUGGAUUAUCAAGCAAGCACCAUUAAGAGCAGGCCUUUUCAACUAUUCAUCAGAUGGAGAAACCUGUCAAGAAUGUAGAAUGGAGACUCCAGGCUUGGUGGCAAACCUGCAAUCUAUGAAUCCAGGUUUGGGAAUUCGGUGAUUACUUGAAGAAGUUCCAUAUCCUGGCUUCAUUCAUCCUCCAUAUCUACCUAUUCCAGCUGUUGCUUUCCCCCUGCCUCUAGCUUCCUUACACUUUUGCCUGGUUUCUGUCCACUAAAGCUUAACCUUUGCAGCCCCCUGAUCCUGUGCCCUCUUGUCCUUUUGCCAUGGCAUUUCUAAGAUUGCACAGAUGUACACCUCUGUAAAGUCUCACCUGAAUCUUCAGUUUAAUGAACACCGUUUUUGUGUGUCUUGAUAUCCUUGAUUGCAAUGCCUUUAUACAGCCCUGAUCCAUCCCAAGAUGUUGCGUUGCUGUUAACCAAAUGCAAACCAGGGUGCUCAGUAUUCCACUAUAUCACUCCAGAAAUAUCUAAUGAGAUGAGAAACCUUGCCAUGUCUCUCUGUACAACUUAACUUCCUCUCACCAUAUCUAUCUGAAUUUUCAUUUCAUGCAGUAGAAACCAGUCCCUGGUUUCAAUGGUAAACAUAUCACACCUCAGUCCAAUGUGUUACAACUCCGUCUUCUCCAGUGCCCCUUGGUAAUUAGUAAUUGAUGAGGACCAGUUGUUCAUUUGGUACAUCCUGAUGCAGCUAAACAACUGCUAUGGUUCAGCAUUAUCUCAAGGUUUUGUUUUGUUUUUGAUUUAUUGUGAUGUUUGAUUAAUGUCUUGCAGCAACCAGCCUACUGAGCAAGACUGUUAUGUUUACAUUGGAAUAUAAGAGGAGGCCAUUCAGCCCUUCAAGCCUGGCCAGAUUAAUUUGUGACUAGACUCCAUAUAUCUUGGCUUCACGUCACUUAGUAACUUUAGUUAACAAAUGACAUAUCAAUCUCCAAUUUAAAAUCAACACUCGAUCCAGUAUUCCCUGCAGAAUUCUCAGCUGAAGCUUGCAGUGUUGACUGUCCAGAAUUGCACUGACCAUUUACCCUGAACCAUUUCAGUGUUUUCAAUGAUGUUAAAAGAACAAGGUGAAGUUAAUCAGGAAACCUUCAGUAUUCUUUUGGUUCUGAUGAGCUGAGCUGAAAUAUUAACCAGUCUCUGCUAGAAGUUAGUGGACUCAAUUGUGCAUUUCCUGUGCUUUUUAUUUUCAUUGUGUACACAGUGUUGUAACUGGUCUUUUCUAACCUGCUUUAUUUUUUUUUAAAUUGCCUUAUGCCUAAUCUUGCCUUUAUUGUCAAUUUGAAUGGGGUCUCAGUCUAGACGAUGCAGGAUUGGACUAGUAAUAAGCUGCAUUUGCAGAGAAACUUCCUACCUCGCUUAAGAUGGGGAGAUUCCGUUAAUAAGCAGGCCAGCACUCCAUUGCGAGUCCCUCAACUGGAUGACACUAUUUGGGGGAUGAGGGACUGAACAGGGGCUUACUUCCAUGCUCCCAUUUGCAACACUCCAUCCAUGCUUUAAUAUAUCUAGUGGAGAAAGAGAACUCAACCAGCUUCCCGAACACACACCCCAAAUUGUUUCAUUUCUGCUCGUUUUAAAGUUAAGGGGAGAGAGGUUCAUAGCCUGCCUUGGAGGAGUGUGGAUGGAAUUGAGCCAGGGGAAAUUUCAGUGAAAAAUGGGGAGAAAGUCGAAUGCCUUAAAUAUGAAUACAAGUGCUGUGUUCUGGGUGGUGAUGUGUUUUAGUGUGAUAUGAUUCAGAAAGCAGACCUGCAUCUCAUCAUUUUAAUGCAUACCUAAUCCUUUUUGGAGCAUGAUUUGGAGAUGCUGGUGUUGGACUGGGGUGUACAAAAUUAAAAAUCACACAACCAAGUUACAGUCCAACAGGUUUAUUUUAUCUUAAACUUAUAUGGAGAUCUUAUACUGCACAACCUCCUGAUGAAGGAGCAAUGCUCCGAAAGCUAGUGCUUCCAAAUGAACUGUUGGACUAUAACCUGGUGUUGU